UCCACAUCUUUUUUCUUUUCACUUUCUCUCUUUCUCUCUCUGUCUCUCUCUAUCCCUCUCUCCAUCCAGCCCGCUGUACACACUUGGCUGCCACUCUCACUUUGAACCUUUCCUUCUUCUUCUUUUUUUUAUUCCCCGGAGCGCGUUGACUGUUUUGUUGUUGUUGUUAUUGUUGUUGUUGUAUUCCCCGCGCUGCGUUUCCCUCGGACCCGUGUGGAUUUUACGCGUUUUGCCAACCGCCCCACCGUGGACCCGCGGAGCCUCACGCGCCAUGAAGCGGCCGUUACUGUCGUGUCUCCUGCUGGUGGCGUCGGUGCAGACGGUCUUCUCCUCCGGGGUCUUCGAGCUGAAAAUCGACUCCUUCACCAGCGCCCACAGCGCCUGCCGCUUCCAGUCCCGGGACUGCCAGGUGUUUUUCCGCGUGUGCCUCAAGCACUCGCAGGACGUUAUCAACACGGAGCCGCCGUGCACGUACGGCACCGCGCUCACGGAGAUCUUCGGCGCAGACUCCAAAUCCAUCUCCGCGAGCGCGCCCAUCAGGGUGCCGUUCCACUUCAAGUGGCCGGGGACUUUCUCUCUGAUCAUUGAAGCAUGGAACGCCGAGUCUUCGGGUCUCGAGUCUACAGAAAACCAGAACAACCUCAUGAGCCGGCUGGCGACCCGGCGCAGACUGACCAUCGGCGACGACUGGUCCCAGGACGUGCACUUUGGCAACAAGAGCGAGCUGCGCUACUCGUACCACGUGGUGUGCAACGAGCACUAUCACGGCGAGGCCUGCUCCUCGUACUGCCGGCCCCGCAACGACACCUUCGGCCACUACACCUGCGACGCCAGCGGGGCCCGCCGCUGCUUGGAGGGCUGGAGGGACGAGUACUGCUCUGACCCCAUCUGUGCAGCGGGGUGCAGCGAGGAGCACGGCUUCUGCGAGUCUCCCGGGGAGUGUGUGUGCCGGCAGGGCUGGCAGGGCGAGCGCUGCGACGAGUGCGCCCGACACCCCGGCUGCGUCCACGGGACCUGCCAGCAGCCGUGGCAGUGCAACUGCCAGGAGGGAUGGGGAGGCCUGUACUGUGACCAAGACCUGAACUACUGCACCAACCACAAGCCGUGCCAGAGCGACGCUUCGUGCACCAACACCGGCCAGGGCAGCUACACCUGCACCUGCAGGCCCGGGUUCACGGGCAAGAACUGCGAGAUUGAGACCAACGAGUGCGACAGCAACCCCUGCAAGAACGGCGGCAGCUGCAAAGAUUUGGAGAACGACUACGCGUGCGAGUGCCCUCAGGGCUUCUAUGGGAAGAACUGCGAGAUCAGCGCCAUGACAUGCGCCGACGGGCCGUGUUUCAACGGAGGAACCUGCGUCCAGAACGCGGCAGGCGGCUACAGCUGCCGCUGCCUGCCCGGGUACAUGGGCUCCAACUGCGAGAAGAGGAUGGACAGAUGCAGCAGCAGCCCCUGCGCUCACGGCGCUCAGUGUUUGGACCUCGGGAAGCGUGUCAUGUGCCGCUGCCGGGUCGGCUUCACCGGCCCCCGCUGCGAGACCAACGUCGACGACUGCGCCGGCGGCCCCUGCCGCAACGCGGGCACCUGCGCCGACGGCAUCAACGCCUUCAGCUGCUCGUGCACACUGGGCUUCAGCGGCAAGGACUGCUCCGUGCGCACCAGCCCCUGCGACCGGUUCCCCUGCGACAACGGCGGCGCGUGCUACACCCACUUCACCGGCCCCGUGUGCCAGUGCCCGCCGGGCUUCAUGGGCGCACGCUGCGAGUACUCCGUCAGUAGGCCGACCACGAUGCCGGCUGGGAACGCCGACGCCCCCUCGGCUCUGAUCGCCGCCGCGGCCCUCAGCCUGGUGACAAUGACCCUGCUGGUUUUCGCCGCCAUCCACAUUCUGCGCCAGCUCCGCUGGGGCAGGGCGCUAGCGGGCAUCACCUCGUCGGUGAAGAACGACCUGGAGACGGUGAACAACCGCAGCGCGGUGAUCGGUGGGGGCGGACCCUACAGUGGGAGCCUCCCGGGGGCGCCGCUGUGUAGCCUGAGAGAGAAGGAGGCCUUCCUCAUCCCGGGGGGACAGUUUAAAGUGUCAAAUAAGGAUGCAGCGCUGUCGGAGAACGGUGGUGACCACAUGGCCGUCUUUAAAAACAAAAUGGCAGACUGUAACCUGGCGAGAGAUGAGCAGCGCCUGGUCAGGAACAAGUUUGACCCUAAGAAGUGUGACUCGUCAAUCGUCGUUCCUCCUCUCAGUUUUUCAAAGGACGGCCUGUAUCAUCCGGUGUUCAUCAUCACAGAGCAGAUGGAGCCGUGUGUGUUUGCAACUGAGGUCUAACCUCCAGGUUUCAGACAGCCGGGGGAGAUUUUAUCCUGAAGGCUUGAAAAGUUUUCACCCAGGAGGAUCUAUUCGACACACUUUAUCGUAUUUAAUAUUUAUUUCUGCUGCUCAACAGAAAGAAACUAAAGAAGAAAAUAGUUUUUUCAUUAUUUUCUGCUUCACUAUUGACAAUAUUCGGAUGACAAUUAAUCUGUUAAGAAUGAAAGAACAACAAAGGAGAGAAAAGAAAAAGAGGAAAAGCAAAUAUUCUGCAUCAUUUGCACUAUUUAUCUUUUUGUUUAUACUUUAAAUGUUAAUAUAAUAAUUCUGUCUGUAUAGCUGACUCUUUUUUGGAUCCAACGGGAUUGAGAGGACUAAAAGAAUUGGAACUGUCCACCAAUUGGAAAAAACGGUGCCUUAGCUGUGCUCUCGUCACCGUUCCCUGUACAAUCUCACACAUCAUGACGUGUCAAUCAAUCGUCGGCGUGCCUGCCGACAGGAGCGGGAGACGGAUUGUUUGUUUGGCGUCAGACAACCUGAACAUUCUCUGUCUGAAAGCUGAACGAGUCUCCGCUCGGUCCAUUUGACGAUGUUUUCCGAUGAAGAAUCACAUGGUGGCCUGUAACAUAGAAACUCUGAAGUGCCUCUUCUUAUGGAAAACUGCAGCAGGACCCAAACUGGGUCUUUAUGAGCCCAGAAAACCUCAUUCAAGUCCACUGGAGUCCUUUCAACUGGUGAUGUAUUUUUAUAUGUAUUAUUCAUAUCCCUGAUUCUAAUCCAAGUCCAAAUAAUGUUUUGGCCUAAUCUAGGAGACUUUGUACCUUUGUUAACAACCAGCUGUUGGCUUCAUGUUCACCUCAUGAUAAUCUACCUUUGAUAAGGCUUGGAUGAAGGUCCAGCCAAGCUGGAUUCAUCUUACAAAUCAAAACUAUUUUACCGUUGUCUUCCUGUGAUAAAUGCUUGUGUUGUUUCCACUAUAGUACAUUUUCAAAGUUUAUUUUUUCUAUGAAUCAAAAAGCAAAAAAAAACUAAACUUGCCUUUUCUCCCGUCAUCGUUAAAACAAGCAAACAGGGAAACAGUAGAAACACAGAGGCUCGACCUGUCAGUCACUAUCAGGGUGUUUUAUUUAAAUUUGCUAAGAAAGAAACUUUUACAACAGUGGAGGACACCAAAGAGAGUUGUUUUUUAAUUCCUUUAAAAAAAAAUCCAUAUGAUACCAAAAAAUAUGUGUAGUCGUGUCUUUGUACUAUCUUAGUUAAUUUAAGAAAACAAUGCAAUGUGUAAAUAUCCUCCAGAAGAUAGUUUUCCUAUUUAAUUUGGCCUUUUGUAAAUAAUUGUGUAUUUAUGAAAGAAUUGUAUAUAUGUCUAUGUUAAUGCGCCUGUUGUCUCAGUCAGAAUGAAGAAAUAUAUUUUUUCAUAAAUAAAUUUGAAAAAUAACACA